AUGACUGAUCUUGUCAAGGCUGUUAAUUUCAUCAGAUCACGGGGUUUAAAUCAUCGCGAAUUUAAAGCAUUCUUGGACGAAGUUGGCAGUGAAUAUGAAGACGUAGUAUAUUUCUCAAAAGUUAGAUGGCUCAGUAAAGCAGCAACCUUAAAAAGAUUUCAGUUAUUGUUGCCUGAAAUAAAAGUGUUCUUGGAAAAAAAGAAGCAAAAUGUGGAUUUUUUAGAAAAUGAAGAAUGGUUGAAUGAUUUAUCUUUCUUUGUAGACAUCACCGAAGUAUUAGCUGAACUUAAUUUGCAUUUACAAGGAAAGGACCAAUUAUGUUCCUCAAUGUUUGAGCGAAUAACUAGUUUCACAAAGAAAUUGGAACUUUUUAUAGCACAGCUAAAAGCUGGUAAAAUUGUACGCUUCCGUAGUCUAUCUGAAAGAGAAAAAAAGUUUUCUGUAAACUAUGAAAAAUAUACUAAAUUAUGUGAGGAUUUGCUUGGAGAGUUUACGAUUAGAUUUUCUGACUUUAGAAAGAUUGAAAUUGAGUUAAAAUUGUUUAGUGAUCCAUUUUCAUUUGAAUAUGAUAAAGCACCAGUGGAGUACCAACUUGAACUGAUUGAGCUGCAAAGUCGGGAAGGUUUAAAAACUUUUCACAGGGAGAACACACUUCCUUCAUUUUAUAAGAAAUUGCAUUCUCUCAAAAAUGAAUUCAAUCAAAUUCUAAAUUUAUCCAGAAAAUUAUUAUGUAUGUGGGGAAGUACAUACUCUUUUUUUUAUGUAUAG